AUGGCGUGGAAAUCACUUCUUGCGUGUUCACUUCUUCUUCUACUAACAAUCAAAAGUACACUUGCUUAUUAUGUCUUAGUCGAUGCACAUUCGGAAGAAUGUUAUUUUGAAAAAUUAACAUCUGGUACAAAACUAUUGUUAACAUUUGAAGUUAUUGAAGGUGGUUUUCUCGACAUUGAUGUUCGCAUCACUGGCCCUGAUCAAAAAGAAGUCUACCGUGGCGAUCGUGAAUCCAGUGGCAAAACAACAUUCUCUGCACAUAUGGAUGGAACGUAUACGUUGUGCUUCAGUAAUCGAAUGUCAACCAUGACACCUAAGAUGGUUAUGUUUGAAAUCGAUAUCGGCGAUGCUCCGAAGCUCGAUAUGAACGCUGGUGGAACGGCAGACAAUGUUACACUUCACCACAAUAAACUCGAAGAACUUGUUGCAGAACUAUCAGCUUCAUUAAACAAUAUCAAACAUGAGCAAGAAUUUAUGGAAGUACGGGAACGUAUUCAUCGUGCUAUUAAUGAUAAUACUAAUUCUCGUGUUGUUAUGUGGUCAUGUUUUGAAGCGUUCAUUUUAUUGGCUAUGGCAUUCGGCCAAGUUUAUUAUCUCAAACGAUUCUUCGAAGUUCGCCGAGUUGUAUAG